AUGAAAUUAUUUAACAAGUCUUCGCUGCUUAAGAGACUUUGUGGCAAUUUUACUAGUAAAAGGCAAUUUUCAAGCAGUUUUUAGCCAGUCAGAUAAGCUUAAGUAAUUGUAGUAGGGGGAGGGCAUGCUGGCUGCGAAGCCGCAAGUGCUGCUGCAAGAACUGGAGCUUAAACACUUUUAGUAACACAGAAACUAUCUACAAUAGGUGAAAUGUCAUGUAAUCCUUCAAUAGGGGGUGUUGGAAGAGGUACCCUUAUAAGAGAAAUUGAUGCAAUGGGAGGAGUCAUUGGUAAAUGCGCUGAUCUGUCAGGCAUCUAAUUCAAAGUCCUGAAUAAAAGCAAGGGUCCUGCAGUAUAUGGGCCAAGAGCUUAGAUUGAUAGAGAUCUAUAUGCUAAAAACAUGCAGAAUAUAAUAGCGAAUACUGAAAACUUAGAGGUCUAUCUGGGGAGUGUUCAUGAUUUGAUAGUUGAGGAUGGACAGUGUAAAGGGAUUAUUUUAGAGAAUGGAGAGCACAUCAGAUCUCAUAAUGUCAUUUUGACUACUGGAACUUUUCUAGGUGGUAAAUGUUAUAUCGGUUAGAAGCAAAUAUCAGCAGGAAGGUUUAUGAGAAGUGGGGAUGGAGUUGAGGAGGCAAGUGAUGGAUUAGCUCACUCGCUGAGAAAGACAUUCCCUAUUGAUAGAUUAAGGACUGGAACACCGCCGAGGUUAAACGGGAAGACUAUAAACUAUGAAGGAAUGGAGAUCCAAGUAAGCGAUGAUAAAAUAUAGUUCUUCAGCUAUGUUCAUGAAUUCAAAUAGCUUUAGCCAGUUAAUCCUCAGAUAAAGUGCUAUAUUACAAGAACUAAUGCUCAUGCACAUUAAGUGAUUUUGGAUAACUUACAUCUAUGCGCAAAGCUUUCUCGAGGAGGUGGAUAUGGAGUAGGUCCUAGAUAUUGCCCGUCAAUUGAGAAGAAGCUAGAGAGAUUUGCAGAAAGAGAUGGCCACAAUGUCUGGCUUGAACCAGAAGGACUCUCAACGGAUGUUAUAUACCCAAACGGUAUUUCAACAGGCGUGCCAGAAGAACCCUAAAGAGAAUUUCUGAAAAGAAUACCAGGACUUGAAAAUGUAGAGAUGAUAAAGCCUGCUUACAUUGUUGACUACGAUUAUAUUGAUCCAAAGACGGUUCUAACACAUACACUUGAAACUAAGCAAGUUCCUAAUUUAUUCCUCGCUGGGCAGAUUAAUGGAACUACAGGUUAUGAAGAAGCUGCUUGCCAAGGUCUAGUAGCAGGAAUCAAUGCUGGUAGGAAAGCCUAGGGUAAAUCGCCAUUUAUAUUAAAUAGAGAAGAUGCCUUGACUGGAGUAUUAAUAGAUGACUUGAUAAAGGACGGAGCUGAAGAGCCUUACAGGAUGUUUACUUCAAGGUCAGAGUAUCGUUUAACAGUGAGAGCAGAGAACAGUGACUUCAGACUGUCUCCAAAGGCUUUAGACCUAGGUAUCUUAUCUGAGGAAUAAGAAUUGAUAUUCAAAGACAAGCAAGAGCUAAAAGAAAAGGCUCUUGAAUUCGUGAUGUAUUAUUCACUGCCUAGCUAGAAAUGGUACAAUAGGGGAAUAAAGAUGGCCUCGUCAAUUAAGACUGAUUAGGUUUCAGCUUUCAGAAUAAUGGGCUAUCCAGGGAUUGAGCCUGAGGCAGCUUAGAGAGCUUGGUAAAUGGAUGAACCAGAGAGGGAGAUUGACUCUAGAAUUAUGGAUCAUAUAUAUGUGGAGUCAUAGUAUAGUCACUAUGCAAGCUAGUAAAAAAGAAUGGCUCAGCACAAUUAGAAGUAUUAGUAUGAUAAGCUGUAAAAUGAGAUUAAUUGA